GAAGAGACCGGGGAUGGGAAGACGUUGGAACGGGACCAGGAUGUGUAGAAACAAGGGGAGGUCAAAGGAAAGGAGACAAGACAAGUAAGAAAAGGACAUUCAGGAAAAGGAAGACACAAGGCAAAGGAGCAAAGUUGAUGAGGAAACAAGGAAAUAAUUGGACCAAAGGACUAAAACCGAAGGACUACAACCAAAGGACUAAAACCGAAGGACUAAAACCGAAGGACUAAAGGAGAUUUGAAAAAACUGGGAUGGGAUAAGUAAAGGGAACGGAAAGAAGAGGGGAUAAAAGGGUGAGACACGAAAGGAAAAGUAACAUUAGGAAAAAGAGGAACGUGGGGGACAAUAGCGGUUUGGGGCAUGGGCGAGGCGGGCAGCCGCUCUUGACGGCACUUCGUGUGGGGCGGCACGAGCGAGCACACGGAGGGGAGCUCAACCGGGGUGUAAUUCCAUGUAGAACAGCCGCUGGUGGUGGUCGGGUGGGGUGGGGUCCUGUGAUCCUAUCCAACUGGUAGGGCGGGAUAUUAACGAUGGAAGUGUGCCAUGAUUCGACUCCAACACGCCACUCAGGUUUCGAUGCCACCUCCUCUUUUUUUGUUUAGCUGUCUACUCUUGAUUAGUGUAAUACGCAGUCAACAGCUUCAUCUACUUCAGGUGUCUCGCCUCACUCGCCCUGUCCGUUCUCAGAUCGGCCGUGACUGUCCUUCAGGAGCGCUGACAAGAUGCUUCAGGGAUUAUCUAAAAUCAAAAUGUUCUUGUCCUUUCUGAGCAUUUUCACCAUUUGCUUUUUUUUUGGAUACACAUGGAAUAUAUCUUUGGACCAUCAGGGCUCCAGAAAUUGUGGCUGUCACACAUGUUUAACAGAUGGCGAUUUGAGGUUUAGACAGAUUGUCAACACAGCUCCAAAUCCCUUCUUGUCUAAAACACAUCGAACAACGCUGGAAGAGUACAAUUGGUGGAAGAAACUACAGUACAGCUCAUACGAUAACAGCAUGUUCAAUGCAACGGUGGACAACCUGUUUAAGAUCUUCCCACCCAUUCCAGAUGUUGAAGGUCCCAACCCUGGCCGCUGCGUCAGCUGCGCUGUGGUGGGGAAUUCGGGCAAUUUACUGCGAUCACACUACGGACCUCUCAUCGAUGUUAAUGAUGUCGUAAUACGAAUGAACCACGGCCGUACCAAAGGAUUUGAAGAACAUGUUGGCGCCAAAACAACCCAUCAUAUAUUCUAUCCAGAGAGUGCCAAUCGUUUGGAAAACACCACUAGACUUGUGUUGUUUGCAUUCAAAACUAAGGACUUACUGUGGCUCAUAAACAAGUUCAAACCAAGGGUAAAAGGUGAGAGAAUAGCCAACAAGGAUUUGGUGAUGAUCCUCAAUCCAGGGUUCAUGAAGUAUGUCCACCAAAUCUGGCUGGAAAAGAAGGGCAAAUAUCCAUCCACUGGCUUCAUGGCUUUCAUUCUAAGCAUGUACAUGUGUGAUCAGAUCAGUGUGUUUGGGUUUGGAGCAGACAGUGAAGGAAACUGGAGCCAUUACUAUGAAAUUCUCCGCAACCAUAAACUGAGAACUGGCCCUCAUCCUGGAUCUCAUGAAUAUGGCAUUAUCCAACAACUAGGAAGGGAGAACAAAAUCCAUUUUUAUAAAGGAUAUUAAAGGUUUUUUGAUCGUAAAUUGCAUAAACAUGGACCGAGGGACUGUAAGUAUGUGACGUGAGGGGUUAAGAGAGCCAGGCUAAAUAGUUUCCCAUAGUGAAAGUAUGUCACUACGAUAUAUCAGUAAAGUGAUACUUUAACAUCAAUUGAAAGAGAAGGUUUUGGUUACAGAAGGAAGUUCUGAACCUAUUUAUUGACAGCCGUUUGUCAUCCUUUAAGUAAGCAAGCGUAAUGUUUCUUUGAUUUCAUUUUCUAAAACAAUGAUAUGUCUGUCCUUUUUGAAGUUGCACUUUGUCUGUUUGUGUUGUUUUAGGGUCGUACAAGAUGUGACAAAGCUGUUGCUGGUUAAACACCGUGGCUGUGUUUUCUUUUAGGGCUUGCCGAUGUGAUGACUGAAACGGUCAGGUAGUUCCUGGUGUUAAUGACAAACUUUACACCUGUGUGUUUAGCAAAUGGUGACAGAUGUGUCUCGAUGUGUAUGGACACACAUUAAGCCUCCAGUUAGGGUUAGGGUGAAAUCCAAAUCCAAUCCCUAAAAGUGAUGUGAAAAUGCAGCUGGUUAAGCCGUAGUAGAAAGUUACGCUUUAACUAAAACUUGAGAACACUUGAUUUGCCUUUUUUCAUUUAGACUUGGGUGACCUAAACAUUUCCUUAUUGCUCUAUUCAAACGUGACAGGAAGUGCAACAAACUUCCAGGAUAGUUGGAACACAAGUCUUAAUUCCAUCCUAAACAAACAAAAUAUCCAUACACAUAAAGGUUAUUUCCAACACUUCCAGUUUAACUACAACUGAAAGACAUUUAUAGAAGAAAACCCCUCUUUAUUUUUACGUUAACACUCUUAGUAAAGCACCCAGCUGCAAACACGGUUUACACAAAGUCACAAAUGGAAGAUGUAUCUUCAUAUAUGGGUCAGGAAAUGUUGUCAACACAAGCCUCACUUGUUUCUCCCGGGGAUUCAUCAGUGUCUGUUUGAACUUCACGAUAGUUGAGCAGAACAAAGAAAGCAUUUUACCAAAACCUUAUACAAUAUAUCAGCUGCUAGCAUGGAAACUAAGGUCAGCGACAUCGGUCACUUGUCAACCAUUGGCAGCAGACCGUCCCUCCUGGUGUCCGAUCAUGGUGUAGGGCGAGACAAUCAAUUAGGAAGUCUUGGGGAUUUAAACACCAGAAGAUUGCACUUUUUUCUGGGGAAUAAUUGAAUGUAUAAAACUUUUUCACUUAUAUAUAACUCAUUUAUGAUACUGUCUUUUUUACGUCUGUGUUUACAUAAAGAAGACAGAUCAAGCUCAGGUGUGCCGGGAAUAUCCUUCCAAAUAUUGAUUCUGUGUGUGUGUGUGUGUCCAAUUGGUGCUGUUUUAAAAAAAAAAUUGGGCAACCAGUGCCUUUAAUAUAGUGACAGUGCAGGUCAGAAACAGGGAGACAGAGGGGAAGACGUGCGGCAAAGGGACUCAGCCCGGAUUCGAACCCGGGUCCACCACGGCCGGUGCUGGUUUUCUUCACUGGAUCAAUGUUUCAACUUUAUUUUUGCUACUGUUUGUUGGAUGUGGGUAUGGUUUGGAUGAGAUUUUAUUCUGACUAUUAGAAAAAUAAAUGAAAUGCAAAUAAAUAAAAACAUAAUCUUAAGAGUAUUUAUUAGAUUUCAUGAAUGUUGGAUGUUAAAGUCGUGCUGAUUAUGACUGUGGCUCAACGACAUUUGUUAUUCUAUUUAUUUUGACUCCUGCCAUAGCAAUGCUUAAUGCCACACUAUAACGCACAGUUUUCCGUCCAGAUGUAUUUAUGUUGUGUGUAAAUAAAACUUUUUACCCUUUGGGGACAAUAAA